CUUUUACUGGGACACAACUUAAUCCGAUCAACUACAAUCGUCCGUAUCAGGUCCAUAGCUACCUUGCACCAAACUUAGAGAACAUGGACUACGUAGCUUUGCCGAAGAUUGAGCUUCAUGCCCACUUGACGGGCAGCAUCUCACGAAAGGCGCUACAUGAGGUAUGGCUGCGGAAGAAGAACAGCGGAGAGACAGACCUCGAAGAUCCGCUGAUCGUCAUGCCGGAGGGCAAGCAUGACUACAACUUGGAGACCUUCUUCCCACUCUUCAGCUCCUACAUAUACGGCCUCCUCACCGACGAAGAAUCUAUUCGCUACACCACAAUUUCCGUCCUGACCGACUUCCUCAACGACGGUGUCUGCUACCUCGAACUACGCACCACACCUCGCGGAACACCGGUUCUCACAGCAGAAGCCUACGUAUCCGUCCUCCUGUCCACCAUCGCCGCAUUCGAGGCCGAGCAUCCCCAGCUUCACAUCCGCCUUAUCCUCUCCGUCGACCGUCGCCACACCCCCACCAUCGCGGCCGCGACCCUUGCUCUCGCCCUGGCGCACCGUCACCAAGGCGUCGUCGGGCUUGACCUGUGUGGCGACCCGACGGCGAAGCCUAGAGGAGAGGUUGCCGCGUUCACACCUGUGUUUCUAGAGGCGAAGAAGCAGGGCCUGGAUAUUACCGUGCACUUUGCCGAGGCGGAGGCGAGCGGCUCGAAAGAAGAGUUGGACGUGCUGCUAGACUGGCAGCCCGGCCGUCUGGGACAUGUCAUCUGGGAGGAUGAGGCAACCAAGAAAGAGAUCGCGAGACGGGGACUGUGCUUGGAACUGUGCCUGAGCUGCAACGUACAGGCGGGCAUGGUUCGCGGUGGCUUUGAGGGCCAUCACUUUGGAGUGUGGAAAGACGUGCAAGGGCCCAAGAUUUCACUCGGGACCGAUGACGUGGGCGUCUUUGGAAGCCCCCUUUCCAAUGAGUACCGCCUCGUUGCCGAGCAUUUCGGUCUCGAUCGAAAGGCCAUAUGUAGCCUUGCACGCCAGGGUAUCGAUGGCAUAUUCGGCGGCGAGAAGGAAAAAGAGCGAUUGCGAAGCAUCAUGUGGGAAUAAAGCCCUCGCACCCCAUUACAUGAGCAUUCAUUAUAGAUCAAAUAUGGCUAUUCAUGGGACACUCUAAUAGAGCAAUU